AUGAGCUACAUCAGAGCCUAUUUUAGAUCAAGUCUGGCGCAAGGUUUGACAGAAAAGAGCGCCGGUUGGGGCAUUGCUCCACCUGCAGCAGUGAUGUACCGAAUGAAGUACGAUUGCGAUGCAGAGUCGUACGCACAACAAACUGUAAGCACUUGUAGAACAACUCCGCUACCUGCUCAUGCCCUUGGAGGACAUAAACAGAAUCUCCAUGUUCUGCACACAGUACGAACAACUAGGGAAGGAGCUAUACAAAACGCUUUAGUCAGCUGGUGGAGUGAAUUGGCAAGAUUCGGCUUCAGAUCAAACAUGAUGUUCUUUCCAAGCGAGUGGCAACGUGGAGCACAUAGCGUCACUAAUUGGUCUAAGAUGGCCUGGUGGAGUAAUAGACGUGUAGGAUGCGCGAUUCAACAUUGUGGCACGUACUAUGUGACAACGUGCAUGUAUAGUCCAGGAGGAAACUACGAACAUGCCCAUGUCUACCGCGUUGGCGCCGUAUGUGAAGAUUGUCCCGCUUACAGCUGUGAUAGCCAAUUUCUGUGCCGUUAA